AGUCACUGCCUCUACACCACCACCAGCAGAUCCUGAGCUGAGAGGAAACCAGUUUUCACUAUCCAGAGCACCCCUUUCCAACCAUCUGUUACAACAUGAUGGAUUACUAUGAAGUUCUAGGAUUGCAGAGAUAUGCUUCACCUGAGGACAUUAAAAAGGCUUAUCGAAAAGUGGCACUUAAAUGGCACCCUGAUAAAAAUCCAGAAAAUAAAGAAGAGGCCGAGAGAAAAUUCAAAGAAGUUGCUGAGGCAUAUGAGGUAUUAUCAAAUGAUGAAAAACGGGAUAUUUAUGAUAAAUACGGCAAAGAAGGAUUAAGUGGUGGAGGCAGGAGUCAUUCUGAUGAUUCUUCUGAGUAUGGCUUCACAUUCCAUAAGCCAGAUGAUGUCUUUAAAGAAAUUUUUGGUAAAAGGGACCUAUUUUCAUUUCAUUUCUUUGAAGACUCACUUGAAGACCUUUUAAGUAAUCCAAGAAGCUCUUAUGCAACCAGAUACAGAGGUGAAAGAUCUUUCUUCUUUACAUCCAGUGAAUACCCAGUUUUUGAGAGAUUUUCUUCAUAUGAUACAGCAUAUACACCAUAUGGUUCACUGGGCCAGGAGGGCCUCAAUUCAUUCUCUUCCUUGGCAUUUGAUGAUAGCGGGAUGGACAACUACAUAUCUGGUACAACUUCGGGUAAAAUUCUUAGUGGCAGAAAUACCAAUACAAAGAGAAUUAUUGAGAACAAUCAAGAAAGAGACGAAGACGAUGGUGAGUUGAAGCCCUUUUUUUUAAAUGGUAUGGCAGGUGAAGAGGGAUUUGCCGAAGAGUGCAGCUGGAGAAGACAGUCAUCCAACAGUUAUUCACCAGAGUCCUGCAGCCCCAAGCAUGUAUCUCAAUAUACUUUUGUGGACAAUGAUGAGCAAGGUAUGCCUGGGGUCACCAGCAACUGGAAUCCCUCUAUUUUCUCAGCAGGAUUCAAAGAAGGUGGUAAGAGGAAAAAAAAGAAGCAUAAAGAGGUGCAGAGGAAGAAGUCAACUAAAAGGAAUCGUUAAAUUGACUCAUCAGACACAUUAUGUUCAUAUAACAUUUGAACACAA